AUGGAGCAACGAUCUAUAAAAACCAAGCUGUGUUUCAGGAUGGUUCAAUACAAGGUGACAUAUUUCACGGGACGAGGGCUUGCUGAAGCUAUUCGUCAGUUGCUCGUUGUCGCUGGCAAAGAUUUUGAGGACGUGCGACUUACAUUUGAGGACUGGCCAAAACACAAAGACGGUAAAAACUUACUAGAUUCAAUUGAAGAAAAUUUCCACGAUAGCAAAAUACGGGUGGUGGGCUCUCAAAGAUGCCUUCUUGGUCAGUUGCCCGUGCUCGAAGUUGAUGGAAAGAAGCUCUGCCAGUCGCAUGCCAUUCUCCGAUAUCUUGCCAGGGAAUUUGGUUAUGCCGGCAAAACCGCUUGGGAUCAGGCACAAGUGGACGCUAUUGCCGACCAGUACAAGGACUUUUUCCAAGAGAUUCGUCCAUACUUCGGAGCAGUGCUUGGAUUUCAAAAGGGUGAUCCGGUGAGUUGGACAUGA